GCCCUGCCCCGUUCCAAAGAAAAGUCGCCGGCCUGUCGUUUCACCGGUACGGUAGGCAGGCAGCUUCGGGCGUGUCGUCCGCUGCGUCAGCGGGAGGCUACAGCUGUGCGUUUCGCUUGAGCGUCGUAUCUGCUGCGUCGCUGCGCUGCAACAAGCUGCAUUGUGUUAGCGUGUGUGGGGGGGUAUCUGUGGAGGUGUGACAGGCGUUCUUCAAAGCGUGUCAGCGUUAACCACCGAGCGGUCCCGUCGUCUGCUACGAUUCUCGUCGUCUGCGGAGCGCCGAGUCGUCUGCUACGAGCGUCGUCGUCUGCGGAGGCUCCGGAUUCGGAUUUAGAUCGUCUCGUAGCCAGCUUCUUUAGGCUAGAUUGGAUUGUGAUAACGGUGGUGAGUGUUGUGGUUCUUGUGGCUGUCGGGUGCUACGUUGUUUCAUUCAACGAUCACUUCGCCGCCGCAGUGUUCUUUUUAAAAGCUACCGGUGUUAAAAGUGUGUGGGCUGUAAGCAUCCGGGAAGGAAGACAGCAGCCGGUUUCGUCUUGUGGGUAUAGUCUGCAUCGCAGUAUCGUCGUGCGGCAAAGCAGCGCAUGAAAUGUUUCCUGUGUGAAGUGAAAGUGUGUACUCUGAGAGUGUUGUGAGUGAAGUGUUGUGAAACUUUCAUCGGACGCGCGCACCUUGUUUACCUGCAAACAUGGUGUACCACUGGCAGAGCCACCAGUACCGCACCAGUGGUGUGGACGACAUGGUGCUGCUCCCCAAGGUCAGCGAAGAAUCCAUCGUCGACAACCUGCGCAAGCGCUACCUCGAGGACCAGAUAUUCACCUACAUUGGCCCCGUGCUGGUGUCGGUGAAUCCGUUCAAGCAACUGCCUUACUUCACCGGCAAGCAGGUGGAGCAGUACCAAGGAGCGGCAUCAUACGAGAACCCCCCUCAUGUUUACGCACUGGCGGACAACAUGUACCGGAACAUGGUCAUCGACUCCGAGAAGCAGUGCGUCAUCAUCUCGGGCGAAAGUGGCGCCGGCAAGACAGUAGCGGCCAAGUACAUCAUGUCGUACAUCGCCCAGGUCUCCGGUGGCGGUCCGCGUGUGCAGCACGUCAAAGACGUCAUUUUGGAGUCCAACACCAUCCUGGAAGCCUUCGGGAACGCCAAGACAGUCCGCAACAACAAUUCUUCGCGCUUCGGCAAAUACGUGGAAAUACAGUUCAGUCGUGGCGGAACCCCUGAAGGCGGUCGCAUCUCCAACUUUCUGCUCGAAAAGUCGAGGGUCGUGAGUCAGAGCUCCCUUGAAAGGAACUUCCACAUCUUCUACCAAGUGUGUUAUGGUGCAUCACCCGAAAUGAAGAAAAACCUGGGCGUGGCCAACCCGGAUUACUACACCUACCUCAACCAAAGCGGAGUCUACAAGCUGGAAGGCACGAACGAUGCACAUGACUUUCAAGAAACCCUGAAAGCCAUGACCGUUAUGGGCAUGACCGAAGACGAGCAGACGCAGUUCCUUUACGUCGUCAUGGGUGUGCUUCACAUGGGCAUGAUCACAUUCGUGGAGAAGGGCAACUAUGCCGUCGUUGAAGACGACCAGUACCUGGAGUUCCCCGCGUACCUCCUGGGCCUGGACGCGGCGAGGCUGAAGGAGAAGCUGACCAGCCGCGUGCUGGACUCCAAGUGGGGCGCCAAGUCCGAGAGGAUCGAGGUGCAGCAAAACGUCGAACAGGCCAUCUACAUCCGGGACGCCUGGGCCAAGGCGCUCUAUACACGCAUCUUCGACCGCCUUGUUGAGAUCAUCAACAAUGCCAUGCAUACAGAUGCUGGAGAACUCAGCAUUGGCAUUCUUGACAUCUACGGGUUCGAGAUCUUCCAGCAGAAUGGCUUUGAGCAGUUCUGCAUCAAUUACGUGAACGAGAAACUGCAACAGAUCUUCAUUGAACUGACGCUCAAGGCUGAGCAGGAAGAAUACGUGCAAGAGGGCAUUCGCUGGACCCCCAUCGACUACUUCAACAACAAGGUGGUGUGUGACCUCAUAGAGAGCAAGGCGCCCCCCGGCGUCUUCUCCGUAUUGGACGAUGUCUGUGCCACCAUGCAUGCCACGGGAGAAGGCGUCGACGCACAGCUAUGCCAGAAGCUGUCCCAUCAGGUUGGCAGCCACCCGCACUUCCAGGUGACCGGCAGCUCGGGAUUUGUCGUUCACCACUACGCGGGCAAGGUGGGCUACGACGCGCAGGGCAUGUGUGAGAAGAACAGGGACGUCCUCUUCGCGGACGUGGUUCUCGUGAUGCAGAGCAGCACCAAUCCCUUCAUCGUAAGCCUCUUCCCGGAAGACGUCUCGGGAACCGUAAAAGGCCGACCAACCACUGCAGGCUCCAAAAUUAAGAGCCAGGCUAACAAGCUGGUGGAGGCCCUGAUGAAGUGUACACCCCACUACAUCCGCUGCAUCAAGCCUAACGAGACCAAGAAGGCGCACGACUGGGAGGAAGAACGGGUCAGGCAUCAGGUGGAGUACCUCGGGCUGAAAGAGAAUGUGCGGGUGCGUCGUGCCGGCUUCGCAUAUCGCCGCGUCUUCGACAAGUUUCUACACAGGUAUGCCGUCCUGACUAAGGAGACAUUCCCGCGCUGGCGCGGCAACGCCAAGGACGGCAUCGUGCACAUACUGAAGAGCGUUGGGAUGGAAAGCGACCACUACCAGCUUGGCAAGACCAAGGUCUUCAUCAAAGCUCCGGAGUCGCUUUUCCUGCUGGAGGAGGUGCGGGAACGCCGCUACGACCAGCACGCCCGUGUCAUCCAGAAGGCAUUCCGGAAGUACUUUGCCCGAAGGCAGUACCUCAGGCAGAAGCAGCUGGCCGCGGACAUCCUCAACGGCAGGAAAGAGCGCAGGCGCCACAGCCUGAACCGCAACUUUGUCGGCGACUACAUCGGCCUCGACCAGCAUCCGGAGCUGCGGGUGCUCGUCGGGAAACGAGAGCGCAUCGAAUUCGCUGAGACAGUCUUUAAGUACGACCGCAGGUUCAAGCCGGUGAAGCGGGAUCUGAUACUCACUCCGAAAUCGGUGUUCCUGGUCGGCAGGGAAAAGGUGAAGAAAGGCGCCGACAAAGGAAAGAUCAGGGAAGUGGUGAAGCGUCGGAUAGACCUUGAGAACAUCUCCCAGGUGACCGUGAGCACGCGUCAGGACGACUUUCUGGUGAUCCAAGUGAAGAAUGACUACGACAGCUUCCUCGAGUCUGUCUUCAAGACUGAGUUUCUGUUUGCUCUCGACAAGAAGAUGAAGGAGAAGUGCCACCGGCCGCUGAAUCUUCACUUCGCAGACAGACUGGAGUUUAGGGUGAAGAAGGAAGGACUGUUUGGCGGUGGAUCGACGAAGGUUGUGAAUGUGACGAGCGGCCAUGGUGACAAGGCCAUCCUCAAGGUCACAGGGGGUGCUCUCACGGUGUCCAUUGGCCCCGGACUGCCCAAGAGCUCGAAGCCCUCGGACAGAAUGACCCACCCGAGUCAGCGGUCAGGAGUGUCCAGGGGCGUGCAGAGAGCGCCGGCGGACAAGCGGGACAAUGCAAAGGCAAGAAGUGCGGCGCAGCAGAGAGUCCAAGGGAACCUUGCAGCUGCUGUCGGAGCCAGAGCUCCACUUCGGCACGCCCCAAACCUGCCACAGUCCAACCAGCCCCAGAAGCGAGCAUCAUCGGGAAAUUCCUCCGUUGCUGACUCUGCGGACUACAUGAGGCCACCAGAGGCUGGAGUUUCGGGCGAGAAGCGGAGGAACUCCAGAAAAGCCCGUCCCGUUCCGGGCGGCGGCAAGCCGAAGCCACCGGGCCGUCCCAAGCCGGCCGUUCCAACCUGCCGAGCCAUUUACGGCUACGAGCCGCAGGACACAGACGAACUGGCCGUAACAGAGGGCGACGUCAUUGAGAUUCUCAAAGAAGAUGCGUCCGGAUGGUGGCUCGGACGGCUCAAAGGAAAGGAGGGGCUUUUCCCCGCAAACUACGUGGAACGUAUCUGACCUUGUCCGACCUUGGUCGUGCCCUUUCGUUACACACUCUACUGCCUCAUGCCGAAGAACAAGACUGGCGUUGUAACAAACCACUUACGAGCCAAGAAUCCGGUGGCGUGACAAUGCUUUUCAGAAAGCGGCGGCGUGGAAUCGUUAUUCAGUCGAGCUCUUCCUCACUGUUCGGUAUUAGUCGGCGAAGAUUACGAGUCAGGCACAGGUAAAAACAUGCAGUAUCACAACUCUGCAUUAGCGUUCAUUCAGAGUGGAAAGGUAAUACACAAUUGUAACGUUUCCUCGAUCAGCUAAGUGGUAGUAUAGCCUCUACCAGUGACCUUGUUGCAUCAAAUAGGCUGAUAAUGUUUAAUCCAAAUGUUUAAUAUUCUUCAACCAGACAUUUGAUCAAUGUUUGUUUUUAUUUAUUGAGCUCCAACUAAGUUUUACUCUGGGCGUCUUUGCGUUGUAGCGUUUUCUGCCUAGUCAUGCUUGUUGUUUCAUUUGUCUACUGCAGAGCAUUAGUAGAAUGUCUUAGUGCUUCAUUUUGAUUGCUCUCAGAUUUUAGGUUGAAGGUGGUGAGUGGUUUGCUGCAACAUGUCGCAUGAAUCCAUAUUUCGUUGAGUGUUUAAACCCAGCUUAUAGCUAAAACCAGUCCAUUUCUUGUGUGUAUUUGCUCACAUAGAAAAAUUCAUAGUUGCUCAUUGUUCAAAGGAACUGCUUUGCAGAGUCUGGUCAUUUCGUAGAAUGCCUCUUCACAACGAAAAAGUUUCUUUCACCUUAAGCAUUAAUCAUGGCUAAAUGCGACGGGUGAAGAACACAUACUUCAUAACCAUGCCACAUUUUCCGGCGUAUUUUUCCCCCAAGGAAUAAAGCGUGUUCUCAGUGUGUUCUUUUUUAAGCGAUUAAACAUUUUUUAAAGCAA